UUGUUGUUUUUAUGUUAGAGUACUAUACAUAAUAGUUUUUAGUCUGACUGGAUCUAUUCAUCUUACACCUAGCAUGACAUCACUCUGUUUUUGACACAAUGCCCUGGAGCUUACGUAAAUUUUUAUCAAAGGAUACGCAACAGACUUCAGACGGUGGCGAUAAAGGGCGGAAUAAAAGUGAGAAAAUUUCAAAGCUUGGAAAAAUCCGCCAGCAAUUAGGAAAAGUAGGCGGAACCACUGCGGGAGAUUCAUCAAAUCCGAUUAAAAACGCUGAAAAGCUUGUUGAGGUCGGAAACGAACCUGCUGGGUCGCAAGAACUCAAAUUGGAGGAUUUCCCUAGGGAACUCAGCUCCAAUGAUGAAUUAAUUGAUAAUGACGAAAUAAUUAAAUCCGAUGACGAAGAUUACAAAUCCCUCGAAGACUUUCCAGAAGAUUGCUCGAAUUUGACAGGUUACUUGGAGUCAGCAAUCAUGGAAAGUCCUUGUAAUACGUUGGAAAGAUAUGGAAAAUCGAUCGAAAAUAGCGGGCCCGUAACCGAUCACGAUUUGGGAAAUGAGAUAGCUGGCGUCGAAGAAAAAGAAAACGAUCCCAAUAACGCUGAAGAAAUUGACGAAAAAUUGAAAAGCUCGUCUUUUGAUCGGGGCUUGUAUAUCGAGUAUGUGAACUAUGACCUCCUAGGUGCGGAAGAGGGAAGUAACGGGAGCAGUGGCGAGUACUACAGUUCUGACGAAGAAAAAUUCCAAAAUUCAAACAAUAACAGUAAUAACCAACUAAAUGCCGAUGAAGCGAGAGACGGCGACGAAAAAGUUAUUACAACAUCGGAUGACAAAAUACCUGAUGAUAGCCUGAGGGUGCGCACAGGUAAUGUCGACCGGAACGACGGCGCUAAUAGUAGCAAUAACAUUCCUGAGACUUCAUACUACGGCGAUCUCGUUAAAAACACAGAGGAAAAUCGUAAAAACGAAAAAGGAAACUCGUUGUCGUCGCCCAGUGCAUUAGAGCGUAACGAAAAUUCAGGAAACGACGACAAGUCGAGCGAAAAAGACCGCAAGGAUAUCGAUCUCAAAAUCGGACCAGAUAGUGAGCGAAAAAUUGUAGCCGCCGAGACGGAAGAAGAAUAUCAUAAUGGCGGAGAAAUAGAUCCCAAAUAUUUAAAUCAGGAACAAGAUUGCUGUAUUCAUAAUGAUAAUGUGGAUGUAAUUGAAUCUGGAAAUACCACAGAAAUGGAAAAGGCAAGAAGUAUAUUCGGAAUGUGUCUGUGUCAGAAUGGUGAACAAGUUGACAAUGUGACGGAUCUUGAUUUUCGUAAUUGCAAUUUAAAGCAAGUCCCUCAUGAUAUAUUUCAAUACGCUCAGACGCUCACUCAUCUGCAAUUGGAUUCCAAUACAUUAUCAGACUUGCCGAAGUCUCUUUUCUCUUGUGAAAACCUUGAAUAUCUUACUGUAAGCGACAAUGACUUAGGAUCGUUACCACCUACACUUGCUGGCUUAUCAUCUUUGAGAUAUUUGGACAUCAGCAAAAAUGUUAUUGAAGAUGUUCCUGAUUGUAUAAGAUGCUGUAAAAGCCUCAGUGUCCUGGAUGCAAGUGUCAAUCCGAUUGAAAGGUUAUCUGAAGGUUUCACACAGUUGGUUGGACUCAGUGAGUUGUACUUGAAUGAUUGUUUUCUUGAGUUUCUUCCUGCAAGUUUUGGUCGAUUAGUUCAACUUACGGUAUUAGAACUGAGAGACAACCAAUUGCAAAUUCUGCCAAAAUCAAUAAGAAGAUUGACUUUGCUAAAGAGAUUAGAUCUCGGAGGAAACAUAUUCCAAGAAUGGCCUGACGUUGUUUGUGAACUUCGGAAACUCACAGAACUAUGGCUCGAUGGGAAUGAACUUAGCCGAGUACCUGACGAUCUUGGGGAAUUGACCUCACUUGUUUACUUGGAUUUGAGCAGAAAUUUCAUUGAAGCAAUUCCAUCACAAAUUGGAGCACUUAGAGAACUGGCAGAUUUGAUUUUAUGUGAGAAUCACGUCACUGUACUGCCUGAUACAAUAGGAUUUCUGGACAAACUGACUUUGUUGAAAGCUUCGAUGAAUCAAUUAACUGGAGUUCCUGAAAGCAUCGGAAAAUUAAAAGAAAUAGAAGAACUUGAUUUAUCUCAUAAUAAAAUGACAGAAGUUCCAUCAAGUAUUGGAAAUUUAACGAAAAUGCACACUCUGCUUCUUGAUAACAAUGUAUUAUCAUCAGUACCUUCAGAACUAGGCAAAUGCGGCAGAUUGAACGUUCUUCAAUUAAGUAGAAAUAUGUUGGAAGAAAUUCCAAGAGAAAUCGGAGAACUUUCACAACUUCGAGUCUUCAAUAUUUGUAGAAACAGAUUGCCUCAUCUUCCAAUCACAGUUAUCAAGCUUGCACAAUUAGAAGCAUUGUGGGUCAGUUCCAAUCAAUCCAAACCUAAUGUACCACUGCAUGCUGAACUUGCUAAAGAUGGAAAGACAAGGAUUUUGACAAAUAUAUUGUUCCCUCAAGUUGAACGAGAUCUAUCAACGACAAGAGAAAGAACAGACGAAGAUGGUUAUGCCAUUGAUGCAGCAGAUGACGAUGAGCCGCCAUUGUUUCGUAAACAACGUGGAAUAACCAGAGUUGCUUUCAACUUACAACUGAUAGAGCAUAGUGACAUUACAAACGAUGAUAUUUCAGAUGAUGAUGACAUGGGAAUUGAAGCUCCAUUGCUUCCACCAAAAGAUAAAAACGCAAAUAAUAAAUUUGGACUCAGUGAUGACAGCCACACUCUUGUACACUCAGUCAACGUUUCAGCAGAUAUCAUAUCAAAUGGAAACAGUCUCAAUAUCCAAUCUUCUUCAUUAAUGGUCAGAUCACCAGAUAAACAACAAGAAGAUCAUUUAGAAAAUGGUGAUCGUUCUGCUGUUGAAGUUACCGAUGUAUCAAUGGAGCAGAUUCCUAUGAUGAAUGGAGGUUACGACAUACAGAACCUGAGUGUUCAACUGAUGAUGGAUACAGAGGAAUGGUCACAACCCCCACCAAGUUAUAAUGAUAUUACAACAGUAGACAAUGCCGAACCAAUCAAGUCCGAACUUGUGGAUGUAAAUAUGGAUAUUUCAAUACCUGAUUUAGUAAAUACAGAAGGGAAUUUGCGAGUGCAGAAACCCGAAGGCCCAAUAUCAUUUUCAACUCCUGAUUUGAGCAAAUCACAGAAACAAAACAGCGUCUUGAAUGAUGAUGCUUCAAAGUCUACUACUUUGGUUAACUUGUCUGGUGAUUCCACAGCACAGCCUUCGAAAAUCAAAACUUGGUCGUCUCAUUCCCAUCUUCCUGCCAUUCCGAGCACAGAACCAAGUGAUAUAGUUGAACCAGUUGCCGUGGAGAUAAUGAAUAAAGAUGAUCGUUCUUCCAUGUCUAGUUCUCCUAUUUCAGCGUCUGAGUCGCCAAAGCCUGAACAAGUCAAAACCACGAAGCUUCCAAUUCCAAGUCGAGCACUUUUUGAUAAAAUGUCCGCCAAAGAAAAAGAGGAAAAUGUACCGUUUGAAACGAAAUCUAAAACAGAAAAUGAUAAUAAUAUGUUACGACAGCCUUAUAAUACCACACUAGAAAGCAGAAGUCCAAUUCCAUUAUCCGACAUUCCAUUUAUGGAUAGUGAUGUCUCAGAUGUAAGUGCUGCAUCUGAUAUGGCACCUGUGAUAUCCAAACCUAAAAAAGGUUCCAAACCACCUCCACCUCCGAGGACAGAUUCUUUAUUAUUAAAAAGAACAGAAAAAUUAAAAGCUUCCCCUGUUAAACCACCUGUACCCAGCAAUAAGCCUUCAAUUCCGAGUUCUACCGGACUUAAAGUGUUCACUCCUGCAUUUUUGUCUCGUAAAAACAGUCAAAAUAAUGAAUCUGAUCGGGUGAACACUGAUCCUGAUCUGUUAGCGUUACCGGCUGAUAACAAACCUUCAUCUGAAUUAUCACCAGAUGGUCUGGCAUCAACAGAUCGCGAUUCUGGGGUCGGAAACGACGUCGACAGUCAGGAAUCUAUUCCAGAAUGCCCUGAUGAAGACCUUCCUCUUCCUCCACAUGAAUUGUUACAUGACGAACAACCUGUUUCAUCCAGAGACCUGAUCGCACCUGCUGCAUCGAAACCCUUGGUAAAAUCAGUUGCAACUUUCCAGGUUUCUGAUACUCGAAUUCAUUCGAAUGACGAUCACAAAUCUUCUUUUAUGCCAGUUACAGAUCAAACAGAGCAAGAUGGUCCUCCGCCCCAUCCCAAUAAAGUUUCGGCGAAUAUCAAAAUGUUUGAAAGUAUAGCGUCACCUGAGCAUAAAACACAGUCUACCGCGUCUUCCAGAUCACUUGCUGACCUUCUUCCUACUGGGCCAAGAAAAACAGAAGAAAAAGCAAUCAUCAGACCUAAUAAUCAUCUAAAUGGAUUUGUUGAUGCGAAAAAUAUGCCUGAUACACCAGAUGCAAAGCCUGGUUCUCUACCAGGCGACCUUGCAAUGAAGCCAUCGGUGUCGGCUGGUAAUCUUAUCAUGGAGUCGCAAGCGAACCAAGUUGCAUUUGUUAGAAGUGAUGAUGAGGUUUCGGAUUCUUUCGCUAUCAGUAAGGCAUUAGAUGAAGUAGUGUCACCCAUGGAUAAGAAGAAAAUAUCUCGAAGCAAUUCAAAAACGGAAGGAACUUCAGAAACAGUGAAGCAUGAUCCAUUCAGGGAAAGAUUAGAAAAGAUAAUGCAACAACAACGCAACGUAUCUGCUGCAACGAAAGCAGCGCAAAGUGGUGCCGCCCUCAGUUUGUCACGUAAAGCUUCCUUCAAUACAUAUCAAUCUCAACCUACGAGUCCGGAUGGAUCUGGCCUCGAAAAAUUAACUGCAGAAAAUGCUUUCAGUGGUCCUGAACUAUCAGCAUCUCCUGGUAGUCCAGAUCAAAAACCAGCUGCGAAAAAACAUUCAGUACAUGAUCGAAUGAAAAGUAAAUUGGAUCGUGCACAAGCAAAUAACAAUGCUGUUAAGUCGGCGUCCUCAUCACGAAUCGCGAGAUCCCGUCCUGGUUCUGCUCCAGCGGCUCAACUGCUUCAAAGACGAAAUUCAAAUCAAAGAAAUUCUAUUGCUGCACCUGAAAAUAACUCUGAUGAUAAGCGUAUGCUGGCGCCGUUAUUUGGUUCUGAUGAACGAGCGGGAUUGGACGCUAGAGCGAGAUCGAAGUCAAUCGAGCAACAACUCGGACAACUUUUCCUCGACAGUGAUGAAGAACAACUUAAUCACAACGACAGAGCAAAUUAUGAACUUCGUAAAAAUCAUAACGAUGUCAUAAGAAGGGAACACAAACUCAAAAAAGAUCCUUCAGGUGUGAGAGGGUCGAGAAAUUCACUCUGUUCUCCACCACCAGUGAGACACAACAUGUACGCUAAAGCAAGGUCGUCCACUAAUGCAGCUUCUGCACCUUUAGCUGAUUGGAAACACAAAUUAUUGCAACAUAUCGAAAGAAAAAGGGUUGAAAAACAACAUAUGUCUGCAUUCCAAGGAAGGCCAAAGACACAACAGCCUACACAAUCCAUAGGAAGAAUCAAGUCUCCUCCAAGGACAUCUGGCCCAUCGAAUCGAACCCAAUAUGAUCGAUCAAACUAUGUAACAUUAACGCAGCCUCAAGCUAGAAAUGAUCAUGCGCAAUCAAGCAGACAAUUAUCGAAAUCUGUAACAGCUCCUUCAUUGAUGGCUCCAACAAAAACAAUCACAAACACCCAUCAAUAUAACCCAGAAGGUCCAGCAGUGAGAAGCCAUUUUGCUGGGAAUUCUCGAGCCGCAAAACUUGCAAAACAACGAACAUUUACACCAGGGCCAGAGUCUAGUCAUGGUAACCCUCAAAUGAUGGCACCCAGACCCAAAAGUGCUAUGGACAAAUUUGCUACUCAAUCUCCUCCUGAGCCGUUGUAUGCUGAACCACCCUCGUACCGACAGCCUCCCCCUCAGCCAUCUCUUUACGCCGAUCUACGGACAAUAAAUCCCCCAUUACCAACUUACGAGGACCAUCUACAUAGAAGGGCGCCAACUUAUCCACAAGAAAGCAACAUGCACCGUCUUGUUCGAUCCGAAUCGCAGCGAAAAUCAUUCCGAAGCAAUAGUCAUGGACGUAGUGAUUAUGAUGAUAUUGCAGCCUAUCCACUGAGACAUUCAGGAUCUCAUGAAUCACUUAUGGAUGCAGCAAGGUAUAAUCAACAUGAUCCAUACUUUCCAACAACUCCAAUCCGUAAUGCUUCAUCACAUGAUUCAAUUCUGGACCAACAAGCAUACCCUCAACCUGGGUACCCUGCCCCAUAUUACAGCCCCAAACAAACAAGAAUGCAAAACAAUGGCUACCCACCUAAUCACAUACCACAAAGAUAUCCGGUCGUAGAAAACCCCAAACGAAGCAAGUACCCCGUUAACCCAGACUAUGCGACUUAUGUUAAUGUCUAUGACUAUGACCGCUCACCCGUGGAAUAUCAUAACAGACCCCAGGUUCAGAGCACCUCUGACCCCUAUCGGUCACAGUUACCGUACCACGGGGGUGUGCGGAAUGACCCUCGUCAACCACGCAACUCAUACAAGCAUGAACAAUCAAAUUACAAAAACUAUGCCUACCCUCCUACAAGUUACCACAAUGCAAGACAACCUCCAACGUAUGACCAACGCUAUCGACCAAGGGAGAGUAUAUCACCUACGUUGUAUCGCCCACUCGCUGAAAGAGAGGAGGAAAGUGUCGCAUCUGCAUUUCGACCAUAUCACCAAGUACAACAACAAGUCCAACCAAGGCAGCACAAACCUCAUUCACACCAUCAUCACCACAUGCCCUACGCACACAGCCAUCCUUAUAAUCCUCUAACAAACAUGGACUAUAAGAACCAAGGACAUCACUUGUCACCAACUUCCAAUUAUCAGUAUAUGUCAGAACAACCAAGGCACAUGCCACGAGCUCCCACUGGUUGGGCAGACCAGCAAGAAGAUUUUGAGCGAGUCACUGUUAAUGUGAGACGCAACCCUACCUUUGGAUUCCAUGUCAUGGGUGGGGUAGGAGCUGGGGGCAACCCAUACCAACCCAUGGAUGAAGGGGUGUUCGUCACCCAUGUUACGCCAGGAGGUGCAGCAGACAACAAGUUGCAAGCUGGAGAUAAGAUACUUUUGGUCAACGGAUCAGAUUUUGUUGGUAUCAGUCACAAACGAGCUGUCGAUUUGCUUAGAAACGCUGGACAAGUUGCUGUUCUUGUUGUUGAAAGAUCUCUUGGAAAACCAGUUUGAACCAGUAUGAACGUGUUUUAGCAGUUCUCUGGGCGAUGAUAUAAAAGAAAGCAACAGUAUAAAGUUAUUGAAUUGUUUGUUUCCUGAAAGCUGGGCCACAGAGGAUAGAGUAACAAAAGACAGUUUUAACUGGAGAAUUCUUUAUUUUUUUUUUAUUUUCAACAAUUUCAAGGACCAAAAUUAGUGCAAACUGAUUUUAUUAUAACUUUUAUCAUAUUGAUCAGUAUUGACAACACGUAUUUCUGUAUUCUCCAUUUUGUUGAAUACAUAACACACAAAUGCCUGGGCUAAACUUAGUUGGUGGAAAAGAAAUUGUGAAAAAGUUAUUAAUUUUUUCGAAAUGGGAACACUGAGUUUACACCGAGUGGUUUAAAAAUGAAAUCAGUCUACUCUACACAAAUAGGUAGUGAUUUUCAUUCUUAUCACUGGACAGAUAAAGCCGAUAAUGGGAUGAAUUUAAUGAUAAGGGAAAUUUACCGUAUUAAAUUUUUUGUUCUCAAUUGUAUAGUAUCUUAUUUGGUAUUAUAAUUUUAUUUCUAUUUUUCAAAAUUGUGAUUUUUUAAUUACAUUUGAAAUCAUGUUCUUCCACGUGUUUUAUUCAUUUUGUAACAUUUUCAUAGUACAUUGGGUAUGGCACUGAAUAUAAAUACAAAUGGUAGUGCUUUCACUAUAUGAAAUAUAACAAUAUGGAAAGAUAUGGACACAAAAUGGCCUUCCAAUCGAAUAGGUGAUAGAGAAGUUCACCAUGUUUGGACCAUACAUAAAUUUCGUCUAAUUGGCGGGAUUCAUGAAUGGCCCAAGCAUGGCUGUGUAAUGGUAAAAAAGGCAUCGAAUUGAGGGGGAAAUUUUUGAUCACUAGUCAUCGAAAUCGUGUCUAAGUGACGUCGAGCUGUUAUUUUUCUCGAAAUAUCUGAACUGAAUUCAGAGUGUGCAUUGCCCACUGGCAUUCUUAUACUGAUUGAUAAAAUUAUAUCUGUUAUUCUUUAGUCUUCAUAUCACUUGUGAUCGACUCUUACAAAUUCCAAUUUUUAUGUUGUAGCUGCUAAACAAUCGAAAUCAUGAACAAUUUUGUCCACUUUUACUUAUUUUAUUUUUCAGUUCAUUUCGCCAAUUUGUAUUAUUUAAUCAAUUUUUUAAGAAAAGGAUUUCGUUUCACUGAUGUAUUUUCUUUACUAAAUAUAUCUAUUCACUAUGAAGA